UGGGGGGAGGCAGGCGCUCAGCGCAGGCCGCCGCGCUGCCCCCUGCUCCGAGCCGGGCGCCAUGGCCCGAGGUGGCCCCCGCCGCUCUGCCACCCCCUAAGGCCUCCCCGCCACCCUCCCGCCAUGGCCCGGGGGGCCGGCGAGGCGGCCGCGGAGGAGGAGCUGGGAGAUGACAGCCUGUCUGUGAUUACCUGUGAAUCAGAUACAGAAACGAAGUUAAAGAAGAAAAUAUUUCACAAGCCUCCAAAGUCACCAAAGUCUCCAUACAGCUCUAGCACACAACUGUAUCCUAAAAAAGCUGCAGUUUGGCGAUCUCUGCAGGGAACAGGCAGUGCACGUCUUGAGAGUGCAGCUGUAAAAAAUCCAAGACACAUGUGGCUGGGAUCACUGAAACAAGGAACGAGUCAUUCUCUGAAAUCAGAUGCUGACAUGGGGCAUAUACGAACUAACAUUUCUAGUAGCACUCCAGAAUAUUUGAAGGAAGCUCUAGGAAUGAAGAAGCCAAAACAUUCUCGUUCUUCUAGUAAUGGCUACAUUCCUGGAACUCCUGACUACAAAGAAAAAGAAGAUAUGUAUGAUGAAAUUAUAGAGCUGAAAAAGACAAUACAAGCUCAGAAAAAUGAGGGAGAUAGAAUGAAAACUAAGCUCCGUCGACUAGAAGAAGAGAACAAUAGAAAGAAUAAACAGAUUGAACAACUGUUGGAUCCUUCCAGGGGCUCUGAGCUGGCACGAGCUUUGUCAGAAAAGACGACUGAUAAUGGAUGGGUGGUUAGUGGAUUAAAGCAGAAGAUUUUCAAGCUAGAACAACAGUGCAAGGAGAAAGACAACACUAUUAACAAAUUCCAGGCAGACGUGAAGACCACUAAUUUGGAAGAAAUGAGGAUAGCUAUGGAAACUUACUAUGAAGAGGUUCAUCGUCUCCAACUCCUCCUGGCAAAAUCUGAGACUAUGAGGAAAAAUACAGAGGGCAGAGAUACCCAAAAACGGCUAAAGGCACUGAAUGCUGCUGUCCUGAGAUUAUCCAGGAACAUCAAGGAAUUGCAGGAUGAGAAUCGAAGGCUGAAAGAAGAUCUUGAUCAUGUACUGAGUAGUUCUCCUCCUUCCAGUAAAACAAAAAAUUAUAGUGAGUGGAGCAGACAGAGGCUGGUGAGGCGGAUUUCAGAACUAGAAGAGAAAGUAUGUGCCAUGGAGAACACGAGGGUGUCAUCAGCAGAUAGUGAGUCAUCACGGUUACUGGCUGUGUCAUCUUCGCCUUCUGUAGACCCAAGUCCCCCAGCCUCUCAACAGGUAGACCAUGGUGAGGAAUGUCGUCGCCUCCAAGGGCUAGUGAAGAAACUGAAGAGUGAUAGGAAGGCACUUCAAAAUCUCCUACUCAAUAAAGAAUUAGAUAUCAAGCAGUUACUGCAGGCUAAGGCUGAAGUGGAGCUGGAGUUGCAGAAGUGGCAGAAUAAGAUGGAAAAAAAGAGUAUGGAAGAUCAGACUUUAAGUGAGGAAAUCCAGAACCUGACGUGGAAAGUAGGGAAACUGGAGUCCAAAUUGGAGGAAGAGAAGAGACAAAUGGCAAAAGAUACAAUGGAAAAGCUUAAUAAGUCUUCACCAGUCUGCAUGGUUAAAGGCAAAGAAGAUCACAGGAAGGAACAAGCAGCCAAAAUCAUCCAGAGACACUGGAAGAUGUACCAAAACAAGAAGGAAGAAAUCGCUCUGGAUAAGGCAGUCAUUAUGCUUCAGGCAGCUUUCAGAGGACAUCUAGCUCGACAGAAACUGUUACUGAAUAACAGGAUGCAUGAUGCAAAAUCUCACAACAAGAGCUCCUGCAUGUCUCCUGUGUCAAACUCCUUGAGCUUGUCUUCUUAUUGUGAGAAGAAAGAUGAGAUUGUGACAUUCAUCCAGUCCAUUUUCAGGGCUCACUUAGCACGUACAGUACUGCUUGAGAAGAAUAUGUCUUUUUGCAGACCCUCUGUGUCCAGUGCACCAAGUGAGAAAGCAGAUCCUGCAGUUUACAUUACAGAGAAGAAACCAGUCUCAGCAGCACUCCAGAGACCUCCUUCAAUCUUCAUGUCGUCUCUUCCUGCCAGGUCCUCUGAAAAGCAAUCGCAGCCUACUCCCUCUCUGUCUGUGGAUGAAGCUCACUCAGAUGAUUCCGAUGAUAUUGUCAUUGUCUCGCCAUUGUUGCAGACGAAGAAAAACUACACCCACUUUUAAGUUUUGGUAACAGGCUCUGGUGAUCUUGAAUUAUUCAAUUCACAAAACUAUUGCUACCACGAUAAAGCAUAUCAAAGAUGAAAAAAGGGGGAAUGAGUAGUUGUUUGAUACAUUGUCUCUGCAGACUUUAUGGCCACUGACUGUUAACCUUAUCCUCCUGGUACGCAGAGAGAGUUUGGAUUUAAAAACUAAAACACAACACUUUAAUGUUUUCUCUCACCAUGAGGAUUAUAAAUUCAAUUGCCAAAUUUAAAUGAAAGCAAUAAAACCCUAAGCUAUUUCAUGUCAAACAAAGUUUUGUUUCAGCUCAACUAAAAUACUUUGUUUAAUCAAAAAGUGAUUGAUGACAAGGUUCCAAUUUUCAGCCUGUGUUUGUGAAGGGGAACAGCUUGUAUUUGUUACCAGGUCCUCUCUGUUUAAAAUUUUUUACUGUGUCAUAUUUUAAUAUCUUUUUUGUUUAUUUUUAUACCGAACAUUUACAGUCUGUGCAGACCUUGUAAAGGCUUUUAGAAAGACAUUUCUUUGUCAUAGGACUAUUCUAGGCCUACUGUAUCACCAGGGUUUUCUUAUUUAUUGCUUUUUCCAAGUGUGCUUGCGAUGAUAUGUAUAGUACCAUUUUGUAUUUGAAAUAUCCGAUCAUGUAAUCAGUUUUUUGUAUUUGUCAGAGAAGAUGCAUAACAGCAGGAGUGUUCAUGAAUGAUUGCUUGUGAAUGCUUUUUCUGCUUACGUCUGACAAAGAUGAGUGGAUUAUGCAAGGUCAUCUCUAAUAUGUGAAAACAUUUGACGUAGGAGAUAUGUUGCUUUAUGGCCUAUUUUAGCUUACAUCACUCAACUGUCUGAAACUUUCACCUAACUAGAUCGCUCAUACACUGAGCACUAAGGGGUUUUAAGUCUCUAAUGUUGCUUUGCUGUUGUUGAUGUCUCAGUACUACCUUUUGCACACAUUUUUUAUAUAUAUAUUUUCUAUAUAAAAUAAGCACAGUUAAAUGCAGCCACAGGCUGGGAGAGGGAUCACAAUAUACAGCCAUCUUCUGUCAUCAGGUAAAGCUAAAAGGCUGAGUGCAGGAAAGCACGGGCACUGCCUGCACUGUUCUGAGGGGUAUGGAUUGGGAUAAGCAUUAUAUGCAAAACCCAACCCACGCAGUUUGGUUUAGGAACAGGAGUGGUAGGUUGGAUUAUAAUAGAAAUCAAGACUGCAUCCAAAAAUAACACUAUUAGACUGUAAAUGGGCUGUGGAGAGUAUGGUCACAGGGGUCUUUCCAGAUCUGCAGGCUGUACUUCUUGACUGGAAGGAGGACCUUCUAGUUCCUACUGUCAUGCCAACAUCCUUCAUAGGUAUUAAAAUAUAUGUGGUGUUUUUUAAGAUGAGCUAGAUAAAUUAUAUGAUAUUUACUGGAAGAAGAAUAUAAUGUUAUAAACACACAGUGAAAUUUUUUGGAGACCCUAAUGGUUUCUUUGUCAUCAAGGAGUAAUAAAGCCUCCUGUAAACAGAAAGCACACUUUUAAAUAUAAGAUUUUUAUCACCUUUUCCCUCUUCUUUUUUUUUAAAUUAAAAAUCAGUCACCACUGUUUUGCAGAAUACUAAUAAGUCAGAGCUGUCUCAGUUCUUUGAUUUCAAUGAAGCACUAUCGGAGGCUUAUCAUAGUUCAUGCCAGUACUUGCAACCAAAGAGGAAACUGGAUGGCUGCAGCACAAUGCAGCUGAUUUCGUUUAAUCCCAUCAGUGGAAAUGCUGCCUGUGCUAUUUCCAAAGGCAGUUUUGGGAGCUCUCCAUACCCAAAGCAGUCUGAAGAAUGUCAUUUACACUCCCAUUGGGUAAAUUUUUCCUGCUGGUACUUUGGUCACAUGACUGUCAUCUGCAGAGAGAAUAAAAAAUAUAAAAAAUAAAAAUAAUAAAAGGGAUAGAAUCCUCUUGGCAGAAGCUGAGACCUGUCUCCCUCUUUUUCUAGAAGUCAUGUUAUGAAAAAGAGUCAUUUUGCUAAAUAGAAGCAGAGCUAUAUUGAGUUGCUUAUGUAUACGAUUUCAAGUCUGUAACUGUGACUCUGUCAUGGAUACCUCCAGAGAGAGUAACUAGAGCUGAAGACUCUGACACGUUAAGGGGAGAGUAUAUAGCGUGCCAGGACCAAGACUGAUAAAAAAUAACUACCUAGCUGUUAUCUUAUAGAGAAAUACUUGGACAGCAAAUCUAAUGAAGAUGAUGUUCUUUUACUUUGCUGUAAUAACCAAUAUGAAAGUGUUAGGAAGUAGAUACAGAGCAGAAAGACUUGCAUUUUAACCGAGUCUAUGGCUCGCAGUAGUGCUGUCAAUAGACAAGUUCUGGGAUAAAGGGGAGAGAAGUAUCUUGGUAUGACUGAAAGGCACUGACAGAAAUCAGGGUGAAGUGGAGCAAACGUUUUCUGGGAUGAAUGAAAAUGUGUCUAGAGCUUCCUAAAUUUGAGUCUGCUAUCUCAUAGCCAUCAAAAAUCUGAUACUUAACUUGAGCCAGGCUUCAAACUCAUAUCUGAGUUUGGAAGAUAACUGUAUGCUUGCUGCACGUCAGCAUUUGGUGUGGUACAGUGGAAAAAGAAACCUCCACAGUAUUAGUAGCCUUUAAUGUUUGGUUAGAUUCUGUCAUGGCAUGUGCUGAAAGGAGUAGUAAUUGACACUAGGUUUCAUUCUCUGGUUAUCUGGCUGAAUGCCAGCACCUGUAAAUCUGAGAAGAAAUGUAGAACAAUGAAGGAAGAAAAAGUUAAUUUUGGAAUAAAUAGUGUUUUUCCUUAACAGGGAGCUGAGGGCAGUAAAAAUCGGCAUGGCUCAAACCUGUCGGGAUAGGCCCAAUACAAACAUACUCAGCUUCUGAAAAAUACAUCUUCUGUAGAAAGCACUGGUAACCUUAUGGUGGCAUCAAGGCCUUGAAUUAAAAUUAAACUCCACUAUAACCUACGUGAUCUAACAGCACACUUUCCAUUCUACUGGUAAGGGAUAAUGUUGCCUACUUAAAACCUUUUGCAAUUUACAGUAGUGUUUGGUUAGAGAUAGUGUGUGAAUAUAGAGAUCUGACUUUCAUGGGAUGUCUCUCUUGAUCUCUUUUUGCCCUUAAGUGCCUAUGCCUGUAAAUCUUUACUGAGGCAUCAAGACCUGAAAACUGUAUUGUUUUCUGCAUAGCUAUAAAAAUAAUCCCUGCACAAGCAACUUCUAAUAUAGUCGAAAUGGAAAAGGAUUAAUCUUGGCAUAUGAGAGCGCCAUUAAUUUUUAUGAUCUUUUUAAUAUUUAGAACUGUGCAAGCCUUUUGAUGUAAUUUAUUUGGGGAUCUUUUAAAAGCUAAACCAAACACAAUGUAUUUUCUCCCAAUUGUUGAACUUUCAAAUAAAGUUAAUGU